AUGGCGAACAUUCCCACCCGGAAUGGUACGCCAGGAACCUCCCAACAGUCUCAAGAUCUGAGGGUCUCCUCCAGUGGGAGUACAACAGCAGUUCGCAAUGAAUUUGAUAUCGAGAUUGAGGAGACUUAUCCGGUAGAGAACAGCUCGAUAGUGUCUGAGAAGGGCCCAGGGACAAACGACGCCCGUGGCCACCAGGACAAGAACGCCAAGGAUGUAUUUUCGAGCCAGAACGCCCCCUCAACAGUUGACUCAGUGGCAGAGCGGACACAAUUUCAGACCAAUGACAGUGAUGGUCGUGAAAUCGUGCACCAUGGACCGGCUGUCGAAGUGGACGAAGUCACACAGGAGCAGUCGCAUCAGCAGGUGUUUCCAGCGAUGGAGACCGCCAGUUAUUCAAACUUAGAACAGGUUGGAACAGAGCAAGGGUAUCCAGACCCUCCAGUGACCACUAGUCUGGGCUUGCCUGAAGAUCACAUUGAGGCUUUAGGUACUAGCCGCCAGAGCAGUGCUAGAAUGACACCAGUAUGUGGCAAUUCAUACGUGCAGACCUCUCAGUCACCUUCAGUGGGUGUCUUGGAUAACACACUGAACGUUGGAGGUGAAUCUUGA